AUGUCUGCUAUUCGGUUGGACGAGCCAGGAGACGUCUCUCGACUGCAUUGGCAUACAGAUGCUUUGGUGCCUUCUCUGCAGGAAAAUGAAGUCCUGAUCCGUACCAAGUAUGCAGGCGUCAACUUUAUGGACACCCAUUUCCGCUCCGGUCGCUAUCCCGCAGCGUAUCCUCUUAUCCUUGGCGGCGAAGGGGCCGGCGUAAUAGCCGCUGCUUACCCGUCGGUGGAAAAUGAAUUCAGACCCGGUGAUCGCGUAGCCUAUCUGGCCAAGAGCGGAGCGUACGCCGAGUACAACGCCGUCUCUGCAGACCGCGUGGUUCACCUACCAGAGCAUAUUUCCCUAGAGGCGGCGGCAGCGUGUUUCGCGCAGGGCCUCACGGCCGUGACCCUGGUGCGAGAAGCGCAUGUCGUGAAACCCGGAGAAUGGAUCCUGAUCCACGGCGCAUCGGGCGGCGUGGGCUCGCUGCUCGUGCAAAUAUGCGCCGCGACCGGCGCCAAGGUCCUGGCGACGGUGUCGUCAAACCUCAAAGCACGCGCCGCAAGGGACCGCGGUGCCGAAUUCGUCAUUGAUACCAGUACAGAGGAAUGGGUCGCACGAGUCGGGGAGAUCACGGGUGGUCACGGCGUAGAUGCCAUUUUCGAUCCGAUUGGGCAGGCGACUUUUGACGGAAACCUAGAAGCCAUUGCCAAGAAGGGGGAUCUCGUGUGUUUUGGUAAUGCGUCUGGACAAAUACCGCCAGUCAAUGUGCUGAGACUGGGCGGGACCAAGAAUAUAAAAUUGUGCUAUCCCACGGUAUUUGCCUACUUGAAUACGCGGGAGGAAACGCAGGGAUAUGCCGACGACCUGUUUGAGAUGGUUCGCACGGGGGUGGUUAAAGUUGACGGUUACACGCUUGACGAUGUAAAGAAAGCGGGCACGGCUCAUGAGGAAUUAGAGGGGCGAAAAGCUGGCGGAAAGAUUGUACUACAGAUACCUUGA